UUACCAAGUCAAAUUAUUGGGGCUAGCAAUUCCAAGAUGAGCAAACUGUUGCCUUUCUCUGACUAACAUUAGUCUUCAAAUUAUUGUUUCAAUCCUUAACAGCUUAAACAAUCAAAUUCAUAUCUUUCAUCUCUUUCUAGCACAAACUAUAUCCUAUCUUAAUUUAUGCAUCUAUAUAAACCUAUCAACCAUUCAGCUAUUCAUUCAGAGUAAAAAGAAAAGACCACCGUCUGAAAACAUGGCCAAGAUCAUUGUGCUAUGCUGUCUAAUCAUCCUUGCAGCAUUUGGGUCUGUCAAUGGCUCUUCAAAAAAGCAAGAAGUUGGGUUCUAUGAACUGAAGAAGGGUGAUAUCUCUAUGAAAUUCACCAACUGGGGUGCAGCUAUUGUCUCCCUUAUUCUUCCGGACAAACAUGGAAAGCUGACUGAUAUUGUUCUUGGGUUUGAUUCAACUAAGGAGUACCAGACGAAUGCACCAAGCUUUGGUGCUCUUGUUGGACGAGUUGCAAACAGAAUUGGAGGUGCUCAGUUUACUUUGAACGGAACGCAUUAUAAGCUAAUUGCUAAUGAUGGGAAUAACACACUUCAUGGUGGACCCAAAGGAUUUGGGCAUGUUGUUUGGAAGGUGAAAAAGCAUAGUAAUGAAGGUCAUACUCCUCACAUUGUUUUCACCUAUUACAGCGUUGAUGGUGAUCAAGGAUUUCCUGGUGCUCUCCUUGCCACUGUCAGAUAUGCACUCAUUGGUAACAACCAAUUGAGUAUCACAAUGAAAGCCAAAGCUCUAAACAAGCCUACUCCAGUGAAUCUGGCCCAGCAUGCAUACUGGAACCUAAAUGGCCAUAACAGUGGAGAUAUCCUGUCUAAUGUGAUCCAGAUAUUUGGAUCCCAGAUCACACUUCUUGAUAGUCAUUUUAUUCCCACUGGAAAAUUUGAAUCAGUGAAAGGAACACCCUAUGAUUUCCUCAAACCACACCCGAUUAAAAGCAAGAUCAAUGGGCUAGCUAAUGGUUAUGAUAUCAACUAUGUGCUUGAUGAUGGUGUUGGCCACAAGUUGAAGAGGGCAGCAGUGGUGCAUGAUCCGAAGUCAGGAAGAGUGUUGGAGCUGUCUACAAAUGCUCCUGGUGUGCAGUUCUAUACAUCUAACACUCUGGAUAUUAAGGGAAAAGGAGGAUUUGAGUACAAACCAUUUGCAGCACUAUGUUUGGAGACUCAAGCAUUCCCUGACUCAGUCAACCACCCCAAUUUCCCUUCCACUAUUGUAAGCCCUGGAAAGCCUUACAAGCAUUACAUGCUCUUCAAGUUUUCUACUAAUUAAACCUCCAUCUGAUUAGCCAUGUGUAAUAAGGUCAAUCUCUUAAAUGGAAACGUUAGAGUUUGAGUAUCAAAGCUCUUACAUUUUGUGGUUCAAGUAGUUGUAAUAAUUGGCUGAAGGAAUAAUUUUUGAGGCAGAGGCACUUUUAGGCUUUGGUGAUCAGCACCAAGAUUACUCUAAUUUGGUGUAACUUUGUAAUCUUCCCUUAGUCAACUAUUCAGGCCAACGCCUGAUUUUUUUUU